AUGCCUGCGCUGAAUGGAUGGCAUCGGGGGGAACGGGCUAUUCAAGAGAAGCUUGGAUAUCGAGCAGCGAUGGCGAUGGCCUUUGCGGCCAUCGACGGGGACAUGCCAGAACAACAUCGGGAGUUCUAUGUAACCAGGCUGCCCUUCGUACCCGUCACAACACUGGAUGAACUCGGUCGACCAUGGGGAUCUAUUCUUGCUGGCGCGAACGGGGAGCCUGGAUUCAUUCAAAGCCCUUCGGAUGCAAAACUGGUGUUGGAUGCUCGGGUAUGGGAAGGGGAUCCUCUGCUCCAGAACUCGGAUCUGUUUGGGAAGAAGGACAAGAUGCUGGUUGCCGGCAUUGGCGUCGAGUUCUCUACCAGACGCCGGAACAAGUUUGCUGGCUGGAUAUCGAAGUUGGAGAAGAAGGGGCAGCAGAUCCAGCUACAACUCGACGUAAACGAAGCCAUUGGAAAUUGUCCAAAGUAUAUCAAUGUACGGGAUCUGGUUCCCCACCCUCAAGCUUCCCCGAAGAUCAUACAUCGCGAACUAUCACUUUCUCCCUCUGACCGACUCCCCGAUGAUAUUAUCAAAUACAUCCUUGAUGCUGACACGGUGUUCAUUGGCACGUCUUACGUUGCUCCUAAAGAAGAUGAAUCAAGCUAUCCCUCGCAUGUUGGAAUGAACCAACGUGGAGGGCGACGGGGGUAUAUUCGCGUCAAGCCUUCCGAUGGACGAACCAUCGUUCUCCCGGACUAUUCUGGUAACAGAUUGAUGACCUCGCUGGGAAACAUAGAGGUCACCCCGCUAGCGUCCUUGACGUUCGUAUCCUUUACUAGGGGUGACAUCCUGUACCUCACCGGUGAGGCGCAAACACUAGUAGGACCGGCUGCACACAAAGUUAUGCCGUUCCACAAUGCCCUCACCACCGUUAGAACCACCGGAUACAUUUUCGUAGCAGACGCUCUCCCCGUGAGGCAACGCCCCGGUACAACCGUUGUACCAAGUCCUUACAGUCCACCAGUUCGCCUCCUCGCUGAGGAGGCAUCUUUAACAUCUUACUUUCAAGGCAACGGGAAAGAUGUCACGGCCAUACUGCAAAGCAUCAAAAUCCUUAGCCCUUCGUUAGCCACAUUCACCUUCACGACCUCCGAAGACAUAUACUUCAAAGCAGGCCAGGCCGCUAUACUGGAUUUCACGCCGUUCAUAGGGGAGGAAGAGUACCAUCACAUGGCCUCUGGCAAGCCGUCUUCCGUCAACGACGAUCGCAUACGAACGUGGACUAUAUCCAGCCCGUCUCCAGAUACUCCGACUCGCCUUUUCGAACUGACUAUGCGAGAGAAAGCAGGCGGGGCAGUGACGGGAGCUCUCUUUUCGGUCGCUCGAAAAUUGGCGGAUUACAGGCCGGAACUUCUGGGCGAUCUGUCUCCCCUUUCGAUUGGGGUGAAGCUCCUUGGUAUUACUGGUGACUUUACAUCCCCAGAGGAACCCCGGCGCUCCUUAUUGUGGAUCGCUGGCGGGAUUGGUAUCACGCCGUUCCUUAGUAUGCUCGCUUCUAUGAAGCCUACGGACGCUCCGAGUAGCAUAACCUUCGUCAUCUCCACUCGCGAGCCGGAUGUCCUUCUCCGUCUCGUUUCCUCCACCCUAGGAACAAACAAUAGUCACAUCCGUAUAACCAUCCAUAUGUUCAGUACCGUGUCGGCGACCGAGUCACUGGACAUGCCUAAUGUCACCGUGCACAAUUAUUCUGGACGCGUUGGAAGCAGCUUCUUCACACGCAUUGGACCUACGCUCAUUGACCAGGCAAUUUAUAUGUGUGGACCACCGUUGUUCGAAACCGAUAUUCUGGCGACGUUGGUUGAUGUUGGGGUCGAUGCUAAGACGGUUCAUCGGGAGAACUUUGGCUACUAA